AUGGAGAAUCAUGUCACAAUAGCUCGAAGUCCAGUUUCACUUCAUAUCUGCUCUAACGAUGUCCACCACAAGAUGGACGAAAGCUCAGCAAAGGUUCACGUUGGUUGCAGGGCGGUGCUUCAAGGACCUAUUCGCACAAAUCGACAACCACAACUCCAAGACAACCCUCCCACAGCCUCCGGUGGAAUCAAAACACGAAUCCCUUCCACUCGCCUCUUCCAACGAAAUGAAAGGUACCACGACACGGAAUCUUUUUUCUCGAUCAGUUGA